UACGGUAGCGUUUCUAACGCCGAACAGCUUCAAACCAAACGUGGACACGGGCUAAGUGCUAGCAGCUCCCAGUCUGUGAAAAUCACAGAUUUCUCAUUUUAUUAAAAGAAAACACGAAAUUUUACGCCGGAAUUUUAACGGAAUAAAUAAUUACUUAACAUAUCAAAGGUCCGUUUAAGGUGUGUCGUCCCUGCAGGAUGAUGGAGGCUGCAGCAGGAGCCUGUGCUGACCUUCUGAUGGAGUGUGAUGAAGAGGAGUGCAUUUGGCCUGCAGCAUCAGCAGAGAAACGUGAAGAAGAAGCAAAGGAAAAGCAUGAAGGUUUGCAGACUGCUGUCGAGGAGCAGAUGCUCUCCCAACCAGUCAGGAUCAUCCCCAUCCCAGUCCAACCAGUGCAGAGCUGCAGCCCCACCAGCAGCACAGGGAAGUCUGCAGGUGCUCCUCUGAGCUUCAUGGUCAACGGACAACGGGUUCCUCUGCUGCCUGGAGGUCAGUCCACCUCAGGAGGUGGUGCAGAGCUGAAGCUUCGCUCUCAUCCUCAAGGUUCAGUGAGCGGCUUCACCACAGUCCACAUCCCCGUCACCCUGACCCUCCACAGUCCAUCAGGCACCAAACACAUCAACACCACCGCCUCCCUGUCCGCCACCGUCAGCUCCUCCACACAUCCAGCUGCUUCUGCUGCACCAGGCCCCACCCCCAUCAUCACAGGUGUGGUCUCAGGUGAAGCAGCCCAGAAGGUUCUCAGCAACCACAAUGUGAAAUUUACAUCCAGUCUGUCACGGAAGAGACUGAAGACUUUGCCCUCACCGAAAACUACACCCCGACACAAGCUGCUUCGCAAAGGUGAACUUCGUCCCGUCGCUCCUCCCGACUGUCCGGUCUGCAAGUCUCAGUACAAACUGAUCACAGAGCUGCGAGGAUUCAUGUGUCUGUGCAGCCCAGCCAUCGCUCAGAGUCUGCAGAACCUGAAGCGGAAGAAGAAGCAGCCUAAACAUAUCAGGAGGAGCCGAGAGAACAAGACGUCUAAUAAAGUGUCCAGGAAUCGACCAGGACUGUCUGCUACGAGUCGCAGAUUGUCGGAUGACUUACAGUUCGACCAGUUCUCCAGUCCUGUGCCCCCCUCCAGGCCUCUGAAGGAAGAGGACCAGUCUGGACCUCCGCCCGAGCCCCCUCACGGCAAACUGGUGAUACUGGUGGAGGAUUUUUAUUACGGCUCCGCCCCCGGACAAAGCUCCGAUAUUCCCAACCUGCUGAGCAUGAAGUUCAGUGGACCGUACCGCUGCAUCCACUGUGCUGAGAUGCUGCGCAACAACAUCAAGUUGAUGAGCCACAUGCUGCAGCACGUGCCCACGAUGGACUCUCAGACGUCGUGUCCUCACUGUUUCCGUCACUUCACAUCUCCUUUAAGACUUCGGGGCCACUUGGAGGCUGUUCACAGUCAGUACGAGUCAACAGUGACAUGUAGGAUUUGUGAACUGGCCUUCAGGAAUGAACCGGCCUUCUUGUGGCACAUGAAGACGACCCAUAAACCAGGAGAGAUGCCUUACGUCUGCCAGGUUUGUGACUUCAGGUCGUCCUUCUACUCAGACGUCUGGUCACACUUUCAGCAGGCUCACGCCGACACCAGACACCUGAUGUGUCAGUACUGCCUGAGAGUACUGCGAAGUAACGCCUGCUACCAGAAGCACUUCGCCCGCCACCAGAAGAAACACGUGCUCGGCUGUGAUAAAUGCCGUCUUCGCUUCCUAUACGUGAAAGAACGCGUUGAACACAAAGUGCUGCAUCACAAGACUCACGUCAGACCUCCUCAGCUCAGCGGACUCAAACCUGGAACUAAGGUGACUGUCAGGACGUAUUCUGUGGUUGUGGGGGCUGGAAAUGAAGAACUGGUAAAAACGAAGAAAGUUGCUCCAUGCAAGGUGGUAGAUAUUACCUCGCUGCCGCCUGCACAGACGGCUCCUAAGAGGAAAACAGUGGAGAGUCUGGGACCGCUGCUGUCCAGCCUGAGUCCAGACAGGGUCUCUCGCCCGCUUCAGCACUGCAUGGAGUGUCUGAAUUUGGUCCCGGACCUCAGGACUCACUUCCCGUCUCUGGUGCGCUGCUCGCUCUGCAGGUUCAUCACCUGCUGCUCCACCUCCUACGCAAACCACAUGAUCAAUAAUCAUGCGACCUGCAGGAAGAACCCUCAGUACCGAACCAUCUUCCAGUCGGAACCGAGGUUGUCAGAGACGUUGAAGUGUGACUCCUGUACAUUGUCCACCUGCAGAGGAGACGUGAUGGCCAAACACCUGACGGAGAGACCAGAACACACCUGCAUCACACCAACACACACAGAGCGGAGCAUGAUUGGAGUCGAGAAACACAACCCCUACAGAGUGACAUCAUUCAGGGGGCGGAGUGGCACCUUCGUCCCGAUCCACCUCCUCCCCUCUGGGCCGAACUCCACCCAGCUGUCCGUCAAGCCCCUCACCUCCCCCACCCCCCUCUGCUCUCCACCCGCCAUGACCAUCAAGAUCCUGGGGUCCCGCCCACAACCUGUGAAGCCUUCGGUUCCUUCUCUGUCCGUGCCCCAGCUCUGCACCAUCCUCACCGCUUUGUGUCAUGGCGUCCCUCAAGCGUCUAUCCGUUACCAGGUGAGUCCCCCUACGAUCCAGUCGUGGAUCAUGCAGCAGCUUCGCUUGCUGGACCUCAAGGAGUGGGCCUGGAAGACGGACAGCAUGGCAGAAUGGGUGCUGGGUCGCAGGGAGCAGCAGCUGAUCGUGGCCGAAGACGUCCUGCUGCUGGCGGCCAAGAGGACUCUGGGAGAGGACAGCCUGCUGCUGGACUGCUACACCUGGGUCGUGGACUUCAUGCUGAGACACGACCUCGGACUGCAGACCUGCAACAACAACAGGCUCAGGAGCAUCAGCGACAACAGCCGUGCAUUCGUACAGGCGCUCUGCUCAAAGAUCCAAAAUCGAGAUCUGCCUUCUCGCUGCUUUGGCUGCAUGGACGAGCUUCCCGUCUUCAUCGACCUGGACCAAUUCUCCAAACAGAACCUUGCUGCCUUCCAGCUGUUCAAGUCACCUGAGGAAAAACCUGCAUUUGACAUCGUUUUAUCGGCUCUGUCGGACGGUAGCUUCCUGCGCCCCCUGCUGUUCUUCCAGGGAACAGUGUCGCCUCUUCCUGAAGGGUUUCCUGACAACGUGUUGCUGGAGGCUCGGCAGGAAGGCUUCACCGAACAGGACCGUCUGCAGAUCUGGGUCGACAAGGUGUGGCGUCCACAUGCGACCGCCCAGCUCGACCACGAGUCUCUGCUGAUGGUGGACAUCCAUCGAGGUCACGUGACCACUGAGUUCAGAGACGCUCUGACCUCUACCUCCACUGACGUCGUCUUCAUCCCGUUAGGAUGCUGUGCUCGUCUGCAGCCACUAGACGUCUGUGUGGUGCCAGUGGUCAGAGACUUUCUGCAGGCACGGUGGAUCCAACUGGUGUGUGAUGGAGGUUUGGGCACUCUGGGUCUCGAUCAGCUGGCUCUGACUCUGGCCUGUUGGCUCAGUGAAGUUGCAUCCACCCUGAGCUCACAGUCGUUCAUUAUGCGCAGGUCAUUCAGCGUGGUCUGUAACCUGGAGGAGGAGGAAGAUGGAGGGGGGGCAACGUGGAUGAUCAAGGCUCUGACCGACGCUCUGAUUCAGCCUCUGGACACCACAGUCCCAGGAACAGAAAAGGAACCAGAACAUCUGGAGCUGCUGCUGGUGACGGAGGAGAGGAAGGAGGAUAAAGACGAACACAAAGAAGAGGAGACAGAAGUCGAGAUUGCGGAGCUGGUGAAAAGUCUGCCUGCUUUGCGUCAGGCGUUGGAGGGCGAUCAGGACUCAUUGCAUGUUUCCAGGACAACUGAGCCAACACCACCACCAUCAUCAUCUUCUUCUCCACUAACAUGAGCUGCUGUUGAGGAUCAAACUGUGACGUUCCGUUGGAUGACACUGGAGGAGUGAUCCUAAUUAUUGUCAAUUGACUGUUUGGCUUUAAAAGAUAACAUCAAAGCAUGGUGAAAAAUACUGUUAGAGCUUUUAAAAGUGAAGUUUUUCUGACUAACACUCCCAAAAAUAUUUUUUUUACUGUAAAGUUGAACAAAAAAAGGCAAGAAGUUCUCACAUGUAAGAGCCUUGAACAGUAAUUCAGUCAUUCAUUUGAUGUUUUAUGAACUUAAGGGAAAACUACAUUAAUGCCCUCCUACAGUGAUCAAUAAUUUAGUCACUGACUGUGACUGGCGACUCUCAGUGGUCGCAUUUGAUAAAACAUUCUCCGAGUGUAGAAGGAAGUCUGCAUUAAUGUACACAUAAUGUUCAGUAACCAUCAUAAACAUCUGCUGGGCAUUAAUUGGGAUGUGAAAUUAAUCGAUAUUGUUCAGAUCUUUAAAGGUCAAAUAUUGAUUCUAGAUUCAGGAUUCAAAGUUAGAAACUUGUUUCAUUGCUGUUCACUUUGUAAAUAGGCAUUUUUGUUACUUUUCUAUUGGAACAGGAAUUAUUCAGAUGUUUUGUAGUAAAAUAAAGACACAGUGUUCAGACUGA